AAGAAUACAAGGGGCUAUAGCAAAAACACCACCGGAGCAGGAAUCAAAAGAUAAAAGCCACAACAAAACAAAAGCAAUGCAAUCAUCCACAGAAACCAGUGACCCUGUCUUCCAUUUCUACUCCCACGAGACCAGACCGAGUAAAAAUUGACAAGUGGUGCAUGCCCAAUAAAGACAGCUAGCUCUUUCCUAGCAGUCCAGGGCAGAGCAAUACAAAAAAUGUACUGCGCCUUAAAAUCAUUCUCGCUCGAUCUAAAAAAAAUCCGCCACUAUUUCUUAGAGUGGAAAAAAAAAAACAAAGCCCCAGAGCGCGCUCUCAUUUUUCGCAUCAAAAUAUUUUGAACCCCCGCCUUCUUCUUAUUUCCUUUUUGUCUCGAACUCAAUCAAAUCAAAUCAAGCCAGCCCGCCCCCCUCUCAAAUUCCCCAAAUCCCUAAUUUCUCUCUCGCCUUUCUCCUUUCCUUCUCCCUGCCUGUUGCGCACAGAGGAUCUUGCUAUUUUGUGAUCUCUGUCAAAACCCUAACUUUCAGGGUUUUAGUCUCUUCUGUUUUGUCUCCAUGGCGAGUGAAGCCCUAGAAGAGAAGAAAUCAGAGGAGGAAGCUCCUGCUGCUGAGGAGUCAAAACCAGGAGCAGAAAAGGAGCAAACUGAAAACGAAGGACCGAUGGAUAGUGCUGAGAAUGAAGCGAAGGAGGAGGCCGACAACGAAGAAGUGAAAGGAGAAGAGGAGACUGCGAAAGAGGGUGCAGAAAAGGAGGAGUCCUUGGGAAAUGAGGAGAAAGAAGAAGAAGCGAAAGAUAAAGGAGAGGAAGAGGUAGAGAACAAGAAAUCCAAGCGAAGAAGCAAGAAAUCGAGUAAGAAUUCGACUGGGAAGAAAGUGAAGGAGCUGGUGACUCCGAGUAGUGAUAGGCCUACCAGAGAGAGGAAGGUGGUGGAAAGGUACUCUGUGCCUGAGCCUGGACGGUCAGCGACCAAGCCUUUUUCUAUUGAAAAGGGACGAGGAACACCUCUUAAGGACAUUCCCAAUGUGGCUUUCAAGUUGUCCAAGAGAAAAGCUGAUGACAAUCUGCAGAUGCUUCACUUGAUUCUGUUUGGAAAGAAAGGAAAGGCACACAAUUUAAAGAAGAACAUAAGCCAGUUUUCAGGCUAUGUGUGGGUCGGGAAUGAGGAAAAACAGAAAGCAAAAGUAAGGGAAAAGCUUGACAAGUGCGUCAAAGAGAAGUUGAUGGAUUUUUGUGAUGUGCUCAAUAUCCCCAUAAAUAGGUCUGUUGUGAAAAAGGAGGAACUCACUGUAAAAAUAUUGGAAUUCUUGGAAUCCCCACAUUCCACCACUGAUGUUCUGCUUGCUGACAAGGAACAGAAAGGUAAGAAGCGUAAGGUCUCAACUAGCAAAAAUGUGAGUCCUGGUGAAGCAUCAACGACACCAGCAAAGAAACGAAAACAAACAACUCAAAGUGGACAGAAACGAAAGCAUUCGUUCAAAGAUGAGGACGACGACGAUGAAGAUAACGUUGAAUCACUAGAUGCUAAAGAUGAUUCGGAAGAUGAUGGUGAAAAUGAGGCAGGAACGAAAGACAUGAGUGAUCACGAGGAGACUAAAUCAGAAGAAGAGGAGGAUGAGCCAAAGGAGCAGACACCAUCUAAGAAAUCAAAAAAAUCUUCAAAGCAGAGUUCGGUGGCUAAAAGUGCAGAAAAAGCUACCCUUGGCAAGAAAAGAACCCCUGCAAAACCUGUUAAAGGUCUAGAAAAAUCAACCAAAAAAUCUUCUGACUCGUCAUCAAAAAAAGGUGCUAAAGAUACUGAUGGAACUUCUGGUUCAAUUUCUAAAUCAAAGGGAUCUGCAUCUAAGAAACAAAAAGUUGAAAAGGAAAGCCCGAAGGACCGAAGUGCUUCCUCUAAAGACAAGGUCAAUGCCAAGAAACAGUCAACCAAGUCCCCAUCAAAGGCUUCUGCAAAAGAUCAAGGUAAAGCCAAGUCUAACAAAAAGGCCAAGGCAGAACCCACCAGACAAGAGAUGCAUGCAGUUGUAGUAAAUAUUCUGAAGGAAGUUGAUUUCAAUACUGCAACUCUAUCUGAUAUUCUCAGACAACUUGGUGCCCACUUCGGCAUAGAUCUAAUGCAUAGAAAAGCGGAAGUGAAGGAUAUCAUUACAGAUGUGAUAAAUAGCAUGUCUGAUGAUGAAGAGGAAGGUGAAGGGGAGGAAGCUGAGGAUGAUGCUGAAGCUGGUGAUGAUGCAGAUAAAGAUGGAGACGAGGAAGAUGACUAGUUCAUUUUAAUACAGAUGCUUAUUUGACUCUUGUGGAACAUGAGGUAUGUGGUGUAUUCUCCAGACAUGAUCCUCCACUAGAGGGUUUCAACUGCAGAUAUUGAUGGUGCACUACUGUUGCAUUCUGGAUCUUGUUAUCGUUUCCAGAUGAAAAUACCCAACUGGGUUUGUUUUGUAUCAUAUGCUUUAGUACCUUUUGCUCUUACAAGUAGUACUGAGCUGACCUAAAUGAUUGGUAGUUUUAUUUCCCCACCCCCACCCCCAACUUAAUCCCUUUUCGUUUAGAUUUGGUUUUUAGGUGUACUCUUUCCUACAACUGAGUAGAGGUUUGAACUGCAACUCUCAUGUGGUCCUUAAAGGUGGUUAUAACCAUGAACCUUGUAGGUUGAAUGUUUUGCAAAUUUAUUCUAACAGUUGAAAAUUCUCUUUA